CGUCUUGGCUCACAACAGCGUGUCUCUCAAAGCCAGGAGAUGCCUAAGGAGCAGCAUGAGGUGGCCAUGAGGGAGGAACGCCACAGCUUAGCUCCCACGACCACCAAAAUCAAAAUGCCCAGAGAGGUCUCCCUGCCGGACCACGUGGUGUGGUCUCUGUUCAACGCACUCUUCAUGAACUUCUGCUGCCUGGGUAUCGUUGCGUAUGCUUACUCCGUGAAGUCUAGGGACAGGAAGAUGGUGGGCGACAUGACUGGGGCCCAGGCCCAUGCCUCCACUGCCAAGUACCUGAACAUCUGUGCCCUAGUCUUCAGCCUCUUCAUGAUCAUUAUCUUCAUCAUCAUCAUGACCACU